GUGCGGUGCAGCCGCGGAUGGAUGCUGCGGGAAGGGGCUGCCAUUUGCUGCCCCUGCCAGCGGCGCGCGGACCUGUCCGCGCUCCUGCAGCCGCCGCCGCCGCCAGCGCCGCCAGCCCGCCCGGCCCCUGCAGCGGCGCCGCCUGCGCUCCCUCCGCGGCCGCCGGAGCGGGCGCCAUGAACCCCAGCUCCUCGGCGGGAGAGGAGAAAGGGGCGACGGGCGGCAGCAGCAGCAGCGGAAGCGGCGCCGGGAGCUGCUGCCUGGGCGCCGAGGGCGGCGCGGACCCGCGGGGUGCAGGGGCAGCCGCGGCGGCGGGGGCCGCUGCCCUGGACGAGCCCGCGGCCGCCGGCCAGAAGGAGAAGGACGAAGCGCUGGAGGAGAAGCUGAGGAACUUAACUUUCCGGAAGCAGGUCUCGUACAGGAAAGCAAUCUCCCGGGCAGGCCUCCAGCAUCUGGCUCCUGCACAUCCCCUCAGCCUUCCUGUGGCAAAUGGUCCAGCCAAGGAGCCCAGAGCGACUUUGGACUGGAGUGAGAAUGCAGUGAAUGGAGAACACCUGUGGCUGGAGACCAAUGUCUCGGGAGACCUCUGCUACCUUGGAGAGGAGAACUGCCAAGUCAGAUUUGCAAAAUCAGCUCUCAGGAGGAAGUGUGCAGUCUGUAAAAUCGUCGUCCACACCGCCUGCAUUGAGCAGCUAGAAAAGAUUAAUUUCAGAUGUAAACCAACAUUUCGAGAAGGAGGCUCAAGGUCACCAAGAGAAAAUUUUGUACGUCAUCACUGGGUGCACAGGCGUCGGCAGGAGGGGAAAUGUAAGCAGUGUGGUAAGGGCUUCCAGCAAAAGUUCUCCUUCCACAGUAAAGAGAUUGUGGCUAUCAGCUGUUCCUGGUGCAAGCAGGCGUUUCACAAUAAGGUGACCUGCUUCAUGCUGCAUCACAUUGAAGAACCCUGCUCCCUGGGGGCUCAUGCUGCUGUUAUUGUCCCGCCCACUUGGAUCAUUAAGGUGAAGAAACCUCAGAACUCCCUGAAGGCUUCAAAUCGGAAGAAGAAGAGAACAAGCUUUAAAAGAAAAGCCAGUAAAAGAGGGAUGGAACAGGAAAACAAAGGUCGCCCUUUUGUGAUAAAACCCAUCUCUUCUCCUCUCAUGAAACCCUUGCUUGUAUUUGUGAAUCCCAAGAGUGGAGGCAACCAGGGAACCAAAGUCCUGCAGAUGUUCAUGUGGUACCUGAAUCCACGGCAAGUCUUUGAUCUUUCUCAGGAAGGGCCAAAAGAUGCGCUUGAAUUGUAUAGGAAAGUACCAAAUCUGCGAAUUCUGGCCUGUGGUGGGGAUGGAACGGUGGGCUGGAUCCUUUCCAUCCUGGAUGAACUGCAGCUGAGCCCUCAGCCUCCUGUGGGGGUCCUUCCUCUGGGGACUGGGAAUGACCUGGCUCGAACUCUCAACUGGGGAGGGGGCUACACUGAUGAACCUGUUUCUAAGAUCCUGUGUCAAGUGGAAGAUGGGACAAUUGUACAGCUAGAUCGCUGGAACCUCCAUGUGGAAAGAAACCCCGACUUGCCUCCAGAAGAACUUGAAGAUGGCGUAUGUAAGCUCCCUCUGAAUGUUUUCAAUAACUACUUCAGCCUUGGAUUUGAUGCUCAUGUCACACUGGAGUUCCAUGAAUCCAGAGAAGCAAAUCCAGAGAAAUUCAACAGUCGUUUUCGAAAUAAAAUGUUCUAUGCAGGGGCAGCUUUUUCUGACUUCCUACAGAGAAGUUCUAGAGAUCUAUCCAAACAUGUUAAAGUUGUUUGUGAUGGAACAGAUCUCACCCCAAAGAUUCAGGAACUGAAGUUCCAGUGUAUAGUAUUUUUAAAUAUACCCAGAUAUUGUGCUGGCACAAUGCCCUGGGGAAACCCAGGAGAUCACCAUGAUUUCGAACCUCAGCGUCAUGAUGAUGGUUAUAUUGAAGUCAUUGGAUUUACCAUGGCCUCUUUGGCAGCCCUGCAAGUUGGGGGCCAUGGAGAGAGGCUACACCAGUGUCGAGAAGUCAUGCUUCUAACUUACAAAUCCAUCCCCAUGCAAGUGGAUGGGGAGCCCUGUAGGUUGGCCCCAGCUAUGAUUCGGAUCUCCCUGAGGAAUCAGGCCAACAUGGUACAGAAGAGCAAGAGGAGAACAUCCAUGCCUUUACUCAAUGAUACUCAUCAGGUGCAAACUGCGGACCUGCGGCGAGUGUCUGCUCCCCCCGGCUCCUUCACCAUUCCCCAGUCUGUCCCAGAUCGUCUGAGGAUCCGGGUGAACAAAAUCAGUUUACGAGACUAUGAAGGAUUCCACUAUGACAAGGAGAAACUCCGAGAAGCUUCUAUUUCAGACUGGUUAAGAACCAUUGCUGGGGAACUAGUGCAGUCAUUUGGAGCGAUACCUCUGGGUAUUCUAGUUGUGCGUGGAGACUGUGAUUUGGAGACUUGCCGUAUGUACAUAGACCGCCUACAGGAGGACCUACAGUCAGUUUCUUCUGGCUCCCAGAGAGUUCAUUACCAGGACCAUGAAACCUCCUUCCCCAGGGCUCUCUCAGCACAGAGGCUCUCCCCUCGGUGGUGCUUCCUAGAUGCAACUUCUGCUGAUCGCUUUUAUCGAAUAGACAGAUCUCAGGAACAUUUGCACUUUGUGAUGGAGAUUUCCCAAGAUGAGAUUUUUAUUCUGGACCCAGAUAUGGUGGUGUCACAGCCGGCGGGGACACCUCCGGGCAUGCCUGACCUGGUGGUGGAGCAAGCCUCGGGGAUCUCAGACUGGUGGAAUCCUGCCCUGCGGAAACGCAUGCUGAGUGACAGUGGGCUGGGGAUGAUAGCUCCCUAUUAUGAGGACUCAGAUCUGAAAGAUCUCAGCCACUCCCGUGUGCUACAGUCACCAGUCUCUUCAGAAGAUCAUGCAAUUUUGCAGGCAGUAAUAGCUGGUGAUCUUAUGAAGCUAAUAGAAAGCUAUAAAAAUGGAGGCAGUCUGCUAAUUCAGGGACCAGACCACUGUUCACUCCUUCACUACGCAGCUAAAACCGGCAACGGGGAGAUUGUGAAAUAUAUCCUUGACCACGGACCUUCCGAGUUAUUGGAUAUGGCAGACAGUGAAACGGGUGAGACUGCACUGCACAAGGCUGCCUGCCAGCGGAACCGGGCUGUGUGCCAGCUUCUGGUGGAUGCAGGAGCAUCUCUGAGAAAGACGGACUCCAAGGGUAAGACACCUCAAGAAAGAGCACAGCAGGCUGGGGACCCAGACUUGGCUGCUUACCUAGAAAGCCGUCAGAACUAUAAGGUCAUUGGCCAUGAGGACCUGGAAACUGCUGUUUGACCCUGGUAUUCGGGCAAAGAGGACAUGAGCAAGCGUAUCACAUCUGCCCUCCCUGCAAUUGGGCAGCUCCCCUGGAAGAAGCUGAUGGAAUUCAUAUAUCUGUCUCUCUCCUGCAAGAAUCUACCUGAGACCAUGCCACUAGCUUUUAAGGGCUACCAAGAUGUACAACAGAACAUGAUAGCCCAUUGAGAAGGAGGCAGGAUACCUGGAGAUUUGUGGAAUACAGUACGAGUUCCACAAAAUUUGAUCCUUAUUGCUUCCAGCAAGUAGCAUGAACUUCUGUGUUCACCUGUAUAAUUUAUUUUAAAGAUUCAAAGGAUGUUCGUAUAAAUGGCACUGCUCCAUCCUCCCCCUAUGCAUUGGUUUUUUUCCCUGUACCAUACAAUUCUACUGUAACUACCCAUCAACUUAAAAAAAUAUAUUAUCUCUUCUCUUUACAUUCAGUCUUGGAAGACCACAAGAUUGUCUGAAGGCCUUCUAAAACCUUCUGAAUGUCCUGCAGAAAUAUAACUGUAAAACCACUUCCAUUUCUAAGACUAAAUAUAUCAAGACUAUUUAGUGACUCUCUCUGCAUGUCCCCCUCACCCGCCAACCCUCCGUUUCAUUAUAUAGGAGCUGGGAAGUGCCACAUGGAUAAUGUCAACUUGUGUGCUAUAUCUCUGAGGAAUGGUGAGGUGGCAUGGGAGAUGUCUGUGCUUGGAGGUACCUCAGAGAGGUAACCCAGGGGUCAGCCCAGGCUACUGGGCUGUAGCCAAUAGCCAUGCAGGACUGGUUCAGCUUGGGCUGUCUGUACAGCUCCGUACUGCCUAUGUGUAGCCAUCUUUGCCUUUUGCUGCAAUAGAAGAUGAGCAAAGGAUUAAACAGAGGCCCACAGCUAGUUUGCAGAACCACUCAAUUUUAAGUGCUGUUUAAAUUGCAGAGCAAAUAAUCCUGUGUGGGAACUGUGGUUACAGGAAAUGGAGCACUCUAACAAUGUUUACUUCUAAACUUUGUUGAAUGAUAAUAGAAAGCACCCUAAUUGACUUGGAAAAAAAAAAAACAGCAAAAGCAAAAGUAGCAACAUAUGUCAACAUAUGUCACUGAAGUAGGAAACAGUCAUUGGAAUGUUGCACAGAGGCUAAUAACUAUAGACUGUUGGAUACAGUGGUGAGAGGAGCCGCAUUUUAGGUCUUUCUUUUAGGUUUUUGGUUUUCAUUACUCCAAGUAAUCCUUGACCCAAGAACAAAGGCUUGUUGUAUGAGUUCCACUGCCAGAUUUAUGGGAUGCCCGGAUCGUUCAGAAGGAUGCUUCAACUAUUAUUUGUCAGGUCCAAAGGUCGUACUUGAUAACCCCAUUUUCUAUGUAUGGGGUAGUCUAAUAUAUUAUUUUAUCUACUUUAUUUUUCCCUUUUCAGAAAGUCCUUAGUGCAAACCACCAUUGGAAUCUAGCCAGAAAUGUCUGUCAGAUAGUUAGAAUUAUAACAUCUUAACCUGCCAUGGAUCGAAUGGUACUUACAGGUACCUCUCUUAGGGACUCUGUGAUCCCUAAAAUAUCAGAAGAAAAUGUCUGUCUUUCUGUCCAAAUAUCUACUUGACUUGGGGGCAAGUCAAAAAUAAAAGUGGGUGUCCAAGGAUUUUGCUUUUGGCGAAAUCUGACGUCUCCUGAGCUUAUUUUCAUUUUGUCCUUGGACACAGCAUAGUGCUUCCCUAAUGUUUCUACAUAUGACCAUGAAUGAUAGUGUCUCUACAUUUAAUUUAAAAGUCUAAUGGUGACAUUUUGCUUAUCUGAGUCACAUUUCGGUAACGUAUCAUCGUUUUGAAAGUGCGGCUAUGACGUGCUAUAUUAAACAGGAACAGCCUUUCAGUGGAUGGGGAUUUUAUUACCACAGUCUUUCCAUAGUCAUUUCAAAAUCAAAUUGUUGGUGGGAGGAUGGAUUGGGUUGUGAGUAAUCUACUUCCAUAUAUCAGCCUCAGAAAUGGAUCUAUCCUUUGGAUAUUACAGGAGACACUGCAGCAGAUUGUUUCCAGAAGCUGGAAAAAUAUGCUUCAGCAGAAUUUAAUCACUGGGCUUUUGCUGGGGGAUUUUUAGUUGGUGGGACUGUCAAGGAAAUGUGAUGACAGAAAUAUAAUCCUUAACACAAACUGGAAUCUGGCUUUGAAUGGCAUCUUCCAUUCCCUGGAUUGAGUCAAAUGUUUGGCCAAGCAGUCAGUUACCUAGCUGUUACUGUUGGGAUGAAGAACUCUGUUUUCAUCAACUACCAUCUCACAUUUCUCUAAAUACUUCCAAGUAGCCCAGAGACAAUUUAGGGUACAGGUGGCUAUGGGCCAAUUUCUAAAGAGCUCCAAUUGAAGACAUAAAUCUGUGUUAUGAAAAAUGAUGAGUUGGUACUAUAAGAUUCCUGAUGCAUUUGGAAAUUGUUUCAAACCAAAAAAAAAAAAAAAAGGCAUUAGAGUCCUGUGUUAUUCAUGGAGACCAAUAUUUGAUAUAUUGCUUUGAAAAAAGCAAGUACCACUAGGACUUGGGAUUUCCAAAAUAAAGUGAGCAGAAUAACCACAUGUUUAAUGGCUUCAACAUUAAACCACCUCCUGUAGCAUGUUUUAAAAAUUGGUCCUGGGCUUUGGAAAGAGCUAAGGCCUUAUGGUCUAGUAGUUUCCAUCUCAGCUUAAGUAUAUUGUGUCCCUACUAUUAGGCCAUCAGGAAAGCAAGUGAUCUAGUCCUGGUCUGAAGAGCCACAUAACUUUAACAGACAUAAAAAUAUGUACCUAUAGAAAUAUCAUUUCUACAAAGCCUACUGAGACAGCACUGAAGAGGCAGCUAGCUUGGCUGACUCCUCUGUGUUUGUUUCUUUGUAUCAUGGCACUGACUGCUUUGAGAUUCCAUUUUUAGAUGAGGUUGAUAGAGGAAUGGAAAAUGAAGAGUUAUUAAAAGACAACAUUCUGUAACCUGAAAGGUAGUCAUUUUUGCAAGCUUAUAUUUUAAUAUUGUGCAUUUAACAAAAUAGAACACAGUUAAACUGUGCUUUAUCGUAUUCAUGGACUUCAUAAAGAAUAAGAGAGAAGAUUAGUAAGCCAAGAAUGGAAUAAAUACCAUGACGAGGAAUUUUGCUUUCAGAGUUUAUGUUUCCUCUGUAGGUGUGAUAACCAAAAACCAGUGCAAGUUUUGAAACAUAAUUUAGCUGGCAAAUGCACAGUGAUGGAAAUUAGUAAUGACUGAUGGAGAGCCGUACAUACCUGUUGCUCCUUAUCCUUUCAGAAUGGCUGCUUUGGCAGAUCUGCCUGUGCUGGGAGCUACUCAACAUCACUUCAUUUUCAUCUGGACCUAGUGAGAGUCCCUUUGCCUAACGAAUUUCUGAAAUUUAUUUAUUUACUAGACCCCUUAUAAUAUUCAUGGCUUUAAAAAAUGACACAGCAUCUUUAUUUUAUUACAUGUCAAUUUUAUUAAUAAUAUUUAGGGGUUUUUUUUAGUUAUAAAAAUGGCACAUGCUUUUUAUAAAAUGUUUUAAUACCACAGAUGAGUAUCACAUCCACAGUCAAGGCAUCCCUUCGUUCUGGUGUUGUGUCCCACUUCCCAAAAAUAAAUACUGUUAACACUGAUGAACACUGUUGCUUGUAUGUGAUGUCAGAAAUACUCCAUCCGUUCAUGCGCAAGUAUGUAUGUAUAUACGCAUAUACAUUUACACACAUAUAUAGACAUUUAUAUACACAUGCAAGUAUGUAUACUAUAUUCAUGUAUAUUGCAUAGGUUUAGAAAAGGGCAAACAUUUUAAAAGCAUGCUGAUCAUUUGUAUAUGUGUAGUGAACACCAGUAGGCAAAGACAGGUUAAACAGAGAAUUUCCAUUUAUUUUUUUGUUUCCACCAUUGCUAGGCUUAGAUCUGUCAUGGCAUUACUACAAUUGCACUUGGCAUUUUCUAUUACCUGUGUCAUAAAAUUCAUGACCAAGAGUUCCUGUAAUUGUUUAUGUUGCCUUCCAUGAAGCAUGAAACCUACCAUAGCCCCAAGACUUAUCUAUGCUAUGUUUGUAUUUCAAGUAAAGGAGAGUUCUUUCCUCUGUGAUGCUUACACCACUUUACAAGGCUGCUUGUAACACUAACACUCAGUAGGUUGCCUAGUGAUAUUUAAUGAGGGCAGGCUACUGCCGGGAAGGUGUAACUUCAGUGUAGUAUGGGGUCUGAGCAGCUUGUCUUCCUUCCAGAAGGAGUAGCUAAUGAAAUCACUGAGAACAGCAUGAUAUUUUAUUCAAUUAUGCUAUUUAAAAAUGGGACUUUGAUAAAAUGGCUCAUCAUAACCAUCGAAUAAAACUACUAAUUGCUCUAUUUAAAUGAAUUAUAUUCAUUUUAGGAAAAGAAGUAGAAAAACAUCUAAUAAAUUAGCUUUCUGAUUAAUCUUUAACACUUAUUUCAUAUAAAAUGGCUUCUGCCUGCAUCUUAAUUGAACCAGCUUUGAAUCUCUCAACUCCUUUCACUCUGAAUCUCAUACUCAGCUGAUUAGAAGUCCUACAGGCCCUUCUCUGCCAGGUCUGUCAGAUCGACUUGGACCCUACCCUUUUCUGUGUCCCCAGUCAUCCUUCAUCUCUUGUCUCUCUAAGUUUUGGGCCAUGCAGCAGUCCUGUCCCUGAACUUUCUGCCUACUACUGUCAAUAAUUUUGUCACACAGCUGCAAAAAUCUUCCCCAGAUAUUAUGCUCAAAAUACAUCAAAAUGAAAUUACCCUCUGGGACAAGUAUACCUUUUACUCAAAGGACACAUGGAUGUCCACUGACCUUGAUCAUCUUCUAGAAUUAUGGCAAGCAUGAUUCUGAAAAUCUAUCAGGUUUAGCAAAUAUCUGUCUUAGUCCCAUGAGGGUACACAAUCACGGCUGCUGCUUCCUCAUUCAACAGUGUAAGCCACAUGCCUCUUUGACGGCACCUGGAGGACUAGGUUAUAGAUUUUACACUGCUGAGGGCCAUCUUUGGUUUUACACUGUCUCCUCACAGCUUAAUGAGAAACCUGAAAAUAAGAACCAAGAAAAGAGUCAUGCCCUUGGACAACCUCCUCUCCCAGGACACUGAGAUUUACUGACCAGGUCCCAGAAAGAAAGCAGAAAAAAAUAAUUCUUAGGCUCUUGUAGCAUGGAUUUUAAAAUAGAAACGUGAAAAUUGAAUGGUAUCUUCAUAAUGCAUAGACUCCAGAGUCUAUUUACAUAUGUAUUCAGUUAUGCAUGUAAUCAUAUGUCCAUGAAUCAAUCAUAAGUGCAUGUAUUGAAUCAUUAUUUGAAAAAUAUUUGUCAUUCUGAGGCAGGCAUCAUACUAGGGAUAUAACAAUGAAUGUAAUAGACAAAACUCUUGAUUUCAUGAAGCUGGCAUCUAGAAGAAAAGACAAAUUCCAGUGUGGUAAGUGCAGUGCAGGAGAACCCCAGGGUGUCCAGCAUGGGCUGGAAAUUCAACCAAGGCUUUAUUGUACCAGCCACUCAUUAGCCAGCAAUGUUUUAGUUCAAUGAAAACAUAAGUAGGAAGAGAAUAAUAUUUUGCAUUUCCAUUUUACUGGAGUCAUAGUAGAUUUCUAAAAAUGUAUCUGAAACUAAGAUUUUAAAACAAGACUUAGAAACACUAUUAAAAUGAAAGCUAAGACUGAUUUAUUCUAGCUCUCAGGAUAGAACUAGGAAAAAUAAGCAGAGUUUUCAGUGGGUUUUGACUAAAUAUAAAGAAGAUGAAGUAUAAAUAGUAUGUAAUAGUGGAGUGGAUAUCACAGUUAUAAACUUUCAGCCUCUGUUAGCAUUUAAACAGAGGAUACCUGACCACUCUGAGGGGUGUUGUGAUUAGGAAUAUGUGAUUUGAGGGGGCUAAAAUUAGAUGCUGUGAUUCUUCAAAAGAUAUUUUUUAAUGGCUUUGUUGAAUGGCAGGAUUUUAUUUUAAAAACUCAUGAAAAUCUUGAUUUUUGAUUUGUUAAACUUUGCUUUAUAACUGAGAAUUUUAAAAAUAUCUAGGGGAAUGGCCGUUAGUUAUCAUUUAAAAAAUUUUAAACUAAGCAUGAAUUUAAGAGCUAGUCAAAGGAAAACAUACUAAAAGGUGUAAUUUAAUUAAAAAUACUUCUGGAAGCUUAUAAAUUUUGAUCAGUAUUCUUAGUCAUUGUCAAGUAAAAUUCUACUACAAAUCUGUCUUACUGUCCAUCCAAUAUAAAAAAGUGCUGUGGUUUGAUAUUCUAAGAGUUAAGUGUAAUCUAGUAUAACCACAGAAGAAAAUUCUGCCUGUAAGGUAUUUGGGAGCCAAGUAAAUGUACAUGAAAGGCAAUCAUGGAAAACUCUGGCUUCUGCCACCAGCGUGGCAACCACAAGGGAGGUCCUACCCAUGGAAAUAAGAAAAUAGUGAUCCAAAUUUUCACCCAACUUUUGAAAUUUCAAUAUUUUCAGCCAAAUGCCUUCUGAAAUGGGAGGCUUUGAUAGUGGGAAAUACUGAAAUUAUCUUUUCCCUCAGACCUUUAGUGAAACACACAUAUAGUUUUCACUCUAUGACAGUAUAAACAACUCAAAUCUAUACUGUUUGUUAAGAACAGUUUCAAGAAUUAAAAAGUGCUUUAGCGUUAUGAUGUAUUGACAUGUUUGAGCUUCAGUUGGGGUUCAAAACAACUCCAACGAGGUGAAUAAUGCAUAGAAUACAUUUUAGAUGAAUGCACUGAAUCUCAGAGCAGUGAAUUCAGCCUGUGCAGAUUCAUAUAGCAAAGGAUAGUGCUGCAGCCAGAACUGGGUCUUUAGAAAUUACAUAUUAACAUGUUUUCUAAGUAAGUCAUUUUCCAUCAUUGCCUUCAAGGAUGUUUUAUAUCAAUUGUUCAGAUGUCCAUAAUAUAGAAGAUGCCUCCAUGAAAAAAAAAAUGUUUACCUAAGUUUCCACGGAAAGAAUGAGUUAGAAAUAAGGGAGAAUGUGAAAUCAAAAAGUCAGAGUUUUUGCUGUCGGAGAGGGGCUUGUCAGCUUGUACAUAGUUCAAGCAAAGAAAAGUCUAAUGUUUGCAUACCAGGGUGGAUUUCAAGAGAAGAAAUUAACAGUGAGCGUUAAUGGCUUCUUUAACCUGUUUGUGAUUCUCAGCAUUUAAAAAAUGUUAGUCCUAUUUUUCUUCCUUGGAAGUCACUAUUAGGAGGAUAUAAUUUCGGAAUGCUGCAACAAAAAAUGUUAAAAAUGGCCCUGACAUCCAAGACUCUAUUGCUCUAAGUUUAUGGGUGGGUAUGCAAGCUAAGUGUUAUGAUAAUACAUAGUCAUAUACAUAGAGGUUUAAUACACCUAUGGGAAAUUCUGGCAUAUUUAAAGUAGAGAAAAACAAACAGGCUUGAAAUUUCCUUCAGUUCAGAAUCUCAUACUUUACAAGGGACAUUUAUGGGCAGAUUGGUGAAUAUGUAGAAGGAGGAUGUUUGAUCUGGAAAGAAGACAAAAUUGGAUUAGGAAUAAGAAUAUGUAGAGGAGUUAGGUUAAGUAGGACUCUUAGUUUCAAAUUCUGCAGGGAAGAUGAUUUGUAGAAUAAAAUAAGGAAAGAAAAGAGCAAUAACACAUGAAAAGGAGUUAGCUUUAUUACUUAUAAGGAUUUAUUUUUCCUAAACAUUGCAUCCAGAAAAACAGUUUGGGCUUUCUGAAAAACAGUGAAGUUGUUAUCACUGUUUCUUCUAGUAGUUAAGUGAAGAUUGAACAACUAACUCAGAGAUCAAAGGCAUAUCUUUAAUUGUGAGAGAUCUUGGACUAGAAAAACUCUGUGAGAUUUUCUUGGUUUAAAUGUCUAUAAUUUUAGACUGGAACAGAACUCAAUUUGAGCCUAUUUUUUUUCCCCAGGUUCCUGCCAACUAGAUAGCAAUGAAGGCAUUUUUUAAAAAAGCUUCCAUCAUUGCAAAUAUAUCCCAAAUCAUUUAGCAGCAGGGAUUUCAUGACCCUAAAAAGUUUCCUUGCUUACACAAACACACCUAUGCUUUAGUAGAAACAUAGCUUUUUUAGGAGAUUUGGGAAUUGGCUAGCAAUUUUGCCAGUUGUUAGCCAAUUCCCAAAUCUCCUAAAAAUGAUAUGUUUCUACUAAAGCAAAAAGGUCACAGAUUCAGGAGUCAAAGUGAAAACAAAGGAUUUAGUGUUCUUUCCGCUACUUACUACCCAUUUGUUGUUUGGGAUGUAGAGUCAGGACUGGAGAAGAGGGUGUGAAAUUCUAUGUCCUCUGCUAAUACAGAGGCAUGGAGGCACUUUCUAUAACUUUUUGUCAUGAAACAAGACUUAACCCCAUAUCAGUAGACUAAUGUUUCUGUCAUAUUUCUGUCUAGGUGGAUUACAGUUUUAAUUGCCCAUCAUCCCUUAAUUCUGUAAUACAGCUUGAGUUCCUAGACUUCAGGUUGACUGGGUGAGGGAGGAAGUCACUUGAGAUAAUUUUAAGAAAUGAAUCCAUAUCCAGAGUCUUGUAGAAAAGACCUGCUUCUACUCCACCUUCCUUCUUGUUCUACUUCUUGCCUCUGGUUUGGGGGCAUAAAAAAGGGGCAGAGUUAUGAGGAAAGGAAAAAAGAUUCUCAAAAGUAGUGCAAUAAGAAGACUCUGGUAGUAACACAAAUUCUCAUGGUAAUCUCAAACAACUGAUAGUGUUAGCAGAUAUUGAAAAUCAAACUCAGGAAACAUACAGAAAGAUUAAAUUUGUUCAAAGUGGCUUCAAGGGGUAUUAGUUGUGAAAAUUUCAGUUUAUGCAGCAUGGAAGAAUUAGAUUGUGUGUGGAACUUGGGGGAAGUAAGGUCAGCUAAUAGAAGAACUUUUUAAUGGAGCUUUCCAAAGGAUGAGGUGGUUUUUGGAAGGAGUUUGUCCAACCUCUUAUAAUACAUUAUGCCUGUCCACAAACUUGUUCUGGUCCCUGAUAAAGUUUGAAAAAAAUAAGGAAUAUUUAGGGUUUUUUUUUCCACAAAUCUAAAUAUAUUCACUUAAAAAUUCAGAGACUGUGACCUUGUUAUUUUGGGUUUAAAUAUACAUUUUCCUCUUAAAAAUGAUAGAUAUAUGUUUACAAAUUGUCUUUACUCUUUACUUAUAAAACACACACAUACAGAUAGGAUAGUCCUGUCAGUUUACCCUAUUUUUUGUUUCAAAUUUAUAGGUAAUUUCAAAUUUAUAGGUGUUGGUGAGAUUUAUCACUUUUAAGAUACCAUCUAGCCUUGAUAUUUAUUGUACCUUCUAUAUGCAACCAAAUGGCUCCUGAUCUCCUGAUCUUCUGGAGAUCAAAGAAUUUUUAUUCGCCACUCUCCCCACCCAUCAUUGGUUGGAUUGAGACUCUAAUUACAUACAAGCAUAAUUUCCAAUGCAAGUAGAACUUUGAUGCUCUCCCUGACUUACUGAUUAUAAGUUGGGAAAAUUUGGAUUCUUGCCAUCCUGGGGAAGGAGAUUUAGAACUCUCAUAAACAAAAUAUUCUAACACAACAGAAUAUUUUGCAAAACACAUCUUUGAAAAGUUAGGGGCCAAAAUAGUCUCAGCAAAGGUUAGCUUGGCUGUUUUUUAAAAUUACCAAUAGUUAAGUGGGCAACCAUGAAUCUGAAUAUUAUACAGACCACCACUGAUUGAAAGUGAGGAAAACCAUUCUUGUGAAAAACUAAGGAAUAGAGGACAAUCUCGGUUCUAAAAGAAUGAAUAUAUUUGAUUUAAUUUGAUUUCUGAGUGGGAAAACGUUCCCAGGCAUCCAGGGUACCCUUGGCUGUGGGUAUUCCACUCGCAAAGGCUACAUCUGUAUGAAGAGUUGCAGUCACAUUAUAAAGGGCUUUUUCAUGAUUUCUGAUUCUGCCCUACCACAUCCCAGAGCCAUGCUUUUGCAAAGCUGCCAGCUGGCAGGUGGAAUCCAUAAACAAGUAGCAGCUGUGGCAGUAGAAAGAUUAAAGUUUUAUUUCCAGGUAAAGGAGGAUUCAGAUAAUACGAAGUGGAGGGAGGGUGGGUGGGGGGGGGGGGUGAGGGGUGGGAUGGGAAAGGGAAGAAUGAAGUUUUUUGUAACAAAGUCAUAAAGUAUUUUUCCCUAAUUUUCUUGCAUUUCCUAUUUAUAUAAAGUAUCUUGAUCACUGUGUUGCUCUACAGAGAUUUUCAAUGGAGUUAAUUUGGGAGACUGAACUAAUCUCUGAAAAAGAAAUUGACUAGUUACAGUUACUUUUUGAACACUUUUUCUGUAUUGUGAAUUGUGUGGAAAUGUACAGAAUAAAAAUGAAGAAAUGUAGUUCAUUUGUUUAUUUUUUCUGGAUCCUAUAAGUAGUUGGUGUGAAUGCUAUUUUUAACUAUAGUUAAGUUAGACUUUCAAAAUCAGGAGGUAAAGAAAGAGUUGACUAUUAGAGCAGGCAGAGACUAAAUGGGGUCCCUGAUAAGGUAGGAAUUAGAAAAAAAAAUUAAGACUUCUGCUUCCAAAAUUGACUAACAGGCCAGAUUCGCCCUCCCACCAGAUUUUUUUUAAAAACACCUAAAACAUGUAUAUAUAAAACAAUGAUUGUUAAGACACAGGACCUUGGGGGGGGGGGGGCAAAAAAGGCAGUGAUUCCUGAGAGAUGGAAAGCAAAUGAUAUAAGCCCUUUGAUCUCUUCAUUUUAUAGACUUCAGAGAGUUUCCAGAUAGUGAUUCAGGGAGUGCUAAUUUAGGAAUUCCUAAGAAGUUCCUGAGUUGAGACAGUGCUGAAAGUUUGGGAAAUAGAGGCAGCUAGAGCUUAUAAGAGAUGAGUAUCACAGAGGGGAGAACCAUACAGAAAAGUAAUCCCACAAAUCUGCAGCUACUUCCUCUUAAGUAUUCAAUAAAGUACUGAGCAGUUUACGUAUCUGAAGAAACUACUUGAGACUGGAGAAAGAGCCAUCCAAAAUGAUCUAAGGGACAGUGUCCAGUGCUCACAAAGGACUGAGAAUCGUGCCUGUUACCACUCGUCACACUGGAAAACCUCAUUAUUCGUGAGGCACUGAAUUGGGUCUUGACUCACCUAUGAGGAAUAAUUAACCAUAGACUAAAUGUUGCCCUAAGACUGCCUAAUCAUAAAAGCAAGAGCUGAAAAGACAAAAUUGUUUCCAAAUAAUUGAAUCUUAUCUCUAAACAAAGCCCAAGGAUAUAGAGGAAUAUAAAUUCACCUAGCAUGCAAAAAGAAACAUUCACAACAUUUGACAUCCAAUGUACAUGCAUCCAAAGAAGCAGGAAAAUAUGACAAAAGGAAAAAAUUAGCCAUCUGAAACUAACCCAGAAUUGACAUAGAUGUUAGCAUUUCCAAAAUAUUCAAAUAGUUAUUUAUAUUCCAGAUGUUCAGAGUUAAAGACAUGAAAAAUAUAAAAGAGACCCAAAUGAAGUUUCUAGACAUAAUUACAUUAUCUGAGAUUUAAAAUACACUGCUAAAGAUUAAGAGCAGAUUUGGACGCUACAGAAGAAAAGAUCAGUAAACAAAGAUGUACCAAUAGAAAAUAUCCAAAAUGAAACAUGGGAAAGGAAAGGGUUUUUAACUAUGAAAAAAAUGCAUUAGUAGAAUGCGGGACAACUUCAAUUAUUUUAAUAUACAAGUAAUGAGAGUCCUAAAAGGAAAGAAGAGAGAGGGAGGAUAUAAAAACAAUUCGAAAAAAUAAUUUCUAGGAAUUUUAGCACUUUUACUUUAAAAAAAAACUAUACAAAUUCAAUAAGCUUAACUCAAAACACAAGAAACAUGAAGAAAACUAGAUAAAAAUACCCUGUAAUCGGCCAAAACCACUGCAAAAAAAAAUCUUAUUAAAAACCAAAGAAAAAAACACAUAAAUAAAAAUAAGAAUACCAGUAGAUUCCUUAUCACAAAUAAUGAAAGCAAAAAGAAAACGGAGCACAUCUUUAAGGUACUAAAAGAAAAAAAUGCUAUAAAGCUAUAAUUCUUUAGCAACAAAACUAUCAUAAAAAUAAAUGGGAAAUAAAAACCUUUAUAGAUAUAUAAAAGCUGAAAGAGUUUAGCCAGGCGUGGUGGCAGGCGCAGACCUGAACUAUAGACCUGAACUAUAAGAAAUGUUAAUGAAAGUCCUUCAGACAGAAGAAAACUGUUACCAUAUGAAAACACAUAUCUACAUAAAGGAAUGAGGAGCAAUGAAUAUUAAAAGUAUUUGAAUAAAUAUAAACAUAUAUUUUCUUAUAUUUUUAAUAAAUGACUUUUAAAACAAAAUAUUGAUGAUAUGUGGAAUUUUAAAGUAAAAUAUAUGACAAUAGUAGCAUAAAAGAAUGGAGGGGAGAAAUAGAAGUAUGUAACUGUAAGAUUCUUAUACUAUUCAUGAAGUGGCAUAAUAUUACUUGAAGGUAGACCAUGAUAAGUUGAAGAUACAUCCUAUAGCUCUGCAAGUGGAGAAGCUGAGAGGUCCCAUUGAUUAAGGGACCGUUCCCAAGAAAAAUCCAGCCAUCAGUGCAAAGGUUGUUAAAAAAAACACUGACUGAUGGAAUGUGUCUUCAUGGAAAAUGGCCAAGUGGAAUCCUCCAGGGUUUCAUUUCUCUACUGAAACAACCUGUAACCUGGGGGACAAAUGACAAGAAUCAGCUAUUCCAGAACUCUGGGACCUAAUCAGACCCAGCAACUGGGGGAGUGAUUGAGGAAGAGAGAGCCUACUGAAAUUUGGGAUAUGCAGGAACCUCUUUCAGACCACAGGCUGAUUGCAGAGACAAAGGACAAUGGGACUUCAGUUACCACACCCUAAGGAAUACAGACUUUGCAAAAAUAGUUUGGAAAGUUCAUCAUACAAACAGAUUAAUACAGCUUGCAACAAGCAAAAAGAUAGCUUCUGAGGAUGAGGAAAAUCUGAUUUCCAGAGUUACCACUUUACAUUACUGAAAAUGUCCAGUUUGCAACAACAAUAAAAUCAAAAAGCAUAAAAAGAAACAAACUUUCACUUCUUCACUUAAUUAGCCUUAAAAAGAAGAGAAAAUGAUAAAUUUAAAAAAAUAAGAAAAUGUGGAUUAUUCACAGGGAAAAAAAGAAUUUGACACUAUCCCUGAGGAAGUUCAGAUAUUAAAAUUUAUUAGUGAUAGAUGUCAGCUGUCUUAAAUAUGCUGAAUGACUAAAGAAAACCAUCAACAAAAGAAGUAAAGGAAAUUGUCAGAACAGUGUAUGAACAAUUAGGGAAUGUCAAUAAAGAAAAAUAAAUUUUAAAAAGGAACCAAGUAGAAAUUCUGAAGCAGAAAAGCACAAUAGCUGAAAUGAAAAUUUCACUAGAGGGGUGCAAUGGAAUAUUUUGGCAGGAAGGCAGAGGAAAUAAUCAGAAAACUUGAAGAUGAGACAAUGGAAGUUAUCCAGUCUGAGCAACAGAAAGAGAAAAAUGAACAAAAUCUGAGGAACCAGUGAGAUGGCAUCAAACUUACCAAAAUUUGCAUCAUGGGAGUCCCAGAAGGAGAAUAGAGGGAGAGAAAAGAGCAGAAAAAUAUAUUUGAAGAUGUAAUGGCUCAAAACUCCUCAAAUUUGAUGAAAGACAUGGACAUAUACAUCAAAAUAGCUCAACAAACAUCAAGCAAGAUGGACUCAAAGAGAUUGACACCAAGACAUAUUGUAGUCAAAUUGUGUAGACAGUCUUGAAAACAACAACAACAAAAAUGACUUGUCAUAUACAAAGGAUCUUUAAUGAGAUUAACAGCUGAUUUCUCAUCAGAAAUCAUGGAGUCCGGAAGGCAGCAGGAUGAUAAAGUGCUGGGGAAACAACAACCAAAAGCCUGUCAACCAAGAAAUUUAUAUCUGGCAAAAUUACUGUAUCCUUUAAGAAUGAGGGAGAUAUUAAGACAGUACCAGAUGCACAAAAGCUAAGAGGUUUUGUUACCAGUACACUUACCCUACAAGAAAUCCUAAAGGCAGUCCUGCAGGCUGAAAUUCAAGAACAACCAACAGUAAUUCCAAGCUGUAUGAAGAAACAAAGAACACUAGUAAAAGUAAAUACAUAGAUAAGUACAAAAGCUAAUAUCAUUGUACUUUGGGUUUAUAACUCCUCUUUUUUUUCCUAUAUGAUUUAAAAGGCAAAUGCAUAAAACAAUAAUUAUGGAUCUGUAAUGACCACACAAUGUAUAAAUAUGUAAUAUGUGACAAUAACAAUAUAAAGGGAGAAGGACACAGAUGAUAGAAGUAGAGUGUUUGAAUACUAUUGAAAUUAAGUUGUUAUUACUCAUUAUGUUAAUUUUGAUAGUUUCAUGGGUUAUAAAUAUAUGCAAACUAAUUAAUUUUACCCUUUAUUAUGUGCAGAUUUUUUGAAUGUCAAUUGUACCUCCAUAAACUUGUUUUAAAAAAAUCAAUAGACUUUGUAUUAAAAUACAAUAAAUUUAUUGUCAUUACCCA